CACGCCCACCCAGCCACACCCACCCUGACCCUGCCCCUUUUCCCACAGAUCCCCAACGCCCCCAGUCCCGGCUACAAUGUGGAGCAGCUGGCCAAGAGGGGCUGCCGGCUGAUCCCRCUGCCCUACGUGGUCAAGGGACUCGACGUGUCCUUCUCAGGGCUCCUGUCACACCUCCAGGCRGUGACCCCCAAAUUGUUGGAGUCAGGGGAGGCAACUCAGGAGGAUUUGUGCUUCUCCCUGCAGGAGACAGCGUUUGCGAUGCUGGCUGAGGUGACSGAGCGGGCGCUGGCGCUGACCCGGGCGAGGCACCUGCUGCUCGUGGGGGGCGUGGCCUGUAACCACCGGCUCCAGGAGAUGCUGCAGACCAUGUGCCGGGCCCGGGGCGCCGAGCUGUGCCCCACGGAUGACAGGUACUGCAUCGACAAUGGCGCCAUGAUCGCCCAGGCCGGAUGGGAGAUGCUGAGGGUGGGGCAGGUGACAGAGCUCAGCCAAUCAGGGAUCACUCAG